UUCUAGUACUAGCUGUAUGGCUGCCCCAGUUAAGGAUUUCUUCUGUUCUCAGCUCACUUCGUAACAGAUUUUAUGGUUUAGGUUGAUCGAUAGUCGAUUGAAUUUCUCUUUGAAGGAUAAAUUCUUAACGCAACAGUUUCAAUAAAGUGCUCAGAUAACUUAUUAUAUCAGGUUAACUGCGUUUAUUUCGGUCGAAUAGGGUUAAUCAACAAUUAAUGUCUACACCAGCCAGAAGACGAUUAAUGAGGGACUUCAAGAGAUUGCAAGAAGAUCCACCUGCUGGGGUAAGUGGAGCUCCAACGGACAACAAUAUUAUGAUAUGGAAUGCUGUUAUAUUUGGCCCCCAUGACACUCCAUUUGAAGAUGGAACGUUUAAGUUGACUAUUGAGUUCACUGAAGAAUACCCUAAUAAGCCCCCUACAGUGAGAUUUGUGUCAAAAAUGUUUCAUCCCAAUGUUUAUGCUGAUGGAGGAAUCUGCCUCGACAUCCUUCAAAAUCGAUGGAGUCCCACCUAUGAUGUCUCUGCAAUUCUCACCUCUAUCCAGUCACUUCUUAGUGAUCCCAAUCCAAAUAGCCCAGCCAACUCAAUGGCAGCACAGCUAUACAAGGAGAAUCGACGCGAAUACGAAAAACGAGUAAAGGCUUGUGUGGAACAAUCUUGGAUGGAUUAGCUUGUUUGAAACACCAACCUUUGCUUUGCUUUUUGCCUCAACUUUCCUAUAUUCCGUUCUUCAAAUUUCCCCAACCAUCAAUCAGUUAAGCCCAGGUCUUAUGGACCUCACUACUAAGUGUUUUUUUCUUUCUCAAUUUCCUUGUUGUAUAUUGCUGUUUCCCAUUGGUGAUUGACACCUCACCGUUAUGUUUCUGCUUCAGAAAAAGCGAAACCUGAACUUUUAAAAGCAGGUUGGAAUGUAGUUCAGCAAGAAUCAAUUUUUUAUUCACGAGAAAUACAAAAGACAAAUUGAAAUCCGA